AAGGGGAAAAGUUUGCGUGUGUGACAGAUGCACAUACAAAAUUUCCUUUGUUUGGUUUUGGGUUUAUACAAUUCCUCUGCACUCUGUUGCUCUAAUCCUAAGAGAGUUGUGGAGUGUGUGUUGUGUGGGUUAUUAGGGAAUUUUCGGGUAGUGUUUGUGGUGUGGAUGGAAGGAGGGGGGAGGAGGAAGAGGAGGGUAGAUUCGGUUUUAAGUGGUGGUGGAAAGGAGGGGAUGGAAAUUCGGAAUAAGAAAAAAGAAGACCUUGACACAGGCGCAUUAUUGCAGAGUUUGUGUGUCUAGAGAGUGGUGGAAAUCAGGUGAAAGUUGGUGACUUUUUCUGUGUGUUUAGAAAAAAAGAAUUGGAAAGUGGAAAAUAGGAUAAAAAUAAAAAUGAGUUGGAUUAAACAUCAUAGGACGAAUGAAAUGAACGGCCACCACACUAACGGGAACGGGACCACCCUGACCCCCACCAACGGCCACACUACCACCAACAACAACUGCACCGAGUCCAACUGGAACCUCGGGAUCUGGUCCGUCGGUGUGAUCAACGCAAAAAACAAGCGUUACCUCACCGCUGAAACCUUUGGCUAUAAAAUCAACGCGAACGGGACUUCACUAAAGAAGAAGCAGACCUGGAGAUUGGAACCCGCCGGAGCAGACGGGAUUUGCCUCAAGUCCCAUUUGGAUCGCUACUUGGCCGUGGAUCAGUAUGGAAAUGUCACGUGUGAUCAGGAGGAGAAGGAACAUGGGGCGUUUUUCGAAGUGGUGGCGAGUGGCAAGGAGGGAACCUGGACGCUCCGAAACACCUCCCGGGGCUACUAUCUCGGCGCAGAGUCUGACAAACUGAUUUGCACCUCUAAAAUCGCCUCCACUUUAGGUGAGAAAUGGUUCAUCCACCUCGCUGCAAGGCCGCAAGUGACGCUAAAGUCCGUGGGGAGGAAGAGAUACGCACACUUGGCCGAGAAUGAGGAGGAAAUCCACGUGGACUCCAAUGUGCCGUGGGGGGCGGACACCCUGUUCACGCUGGAAUUCCGCUUUGGGGACUCGUGUUUUUAUGCGUUGCACACUUGCAACAAUAAAUAUCUUAGAUCCGAUGGGAAGCUGCAGGACGCCUGCGACCCGAGCUGCCUCUUCUCGAUCGAGUACCACCACGGUCAAAUGGCUUUGCGGGACAGUUCCGGGCUCUAUUUGGCUCCGAUCGGGUCCAAGGCGGUUCUCAAAACGAGGAGCCACACCGUGACCAAGGAUGAGCUAUUUGUGCUGGAAGACUCUGUUCCGCAAGGGGCGUUCGUGGCUAAACUCAACGGGAGAUAUGUCUCCACCAAGCAGGGCGUGGACGUGACGGCGAACCAGGACGAGAUUUCCUCCUUUGAGACAUUCCAGCUCGAGUUUGAGCCCAAGAGUAAAAAGUGGUACGUCCGAACCAUGCAGGAUAAAUACUGGACAGUCGUCGAGGCCACGGGGGGUAUCCAGGCCGGGGGGGACAAGCGAACGACAUCAUCGCUGUUCACGUUGAAAUGGUCGCCCGGGGGGACGCUCUACUUCAUGGGCUGCAAUGGGAAGUACGUGGGGGCGAAACGGUCUGGUCACUUGUAUGCAAAUGUGGAGUCGCCAGAGGAGGAUGAGUCGGCCCAGUUUCACUUUUACCUCAUCAACCGGCCGAUUUUGGUGUUGAAAUGCGAGCAAGGCUACGUGGGCUACAAGAGCAACGGUCUUUUCCGCCUGGAAUGCAACAAGGCGUCCUAUGAAACUAUCGGGGUUGAGCGGAAGGAGAGUGGGGUUGUUCAUUUUAAGGGGCAAAAGGGAAAGUACUGGUCCCUCGCAGGUGACGAGAUCGCAGCGGAUUCGGACACCCCCACGGAUUUUUAUAUCGAGUUAAAAGAACCCAAUCGGAUCUGUAUCAAAACUGGAAAUGGACUUUAUCUUAACGCCGAGAAGAAUGGAAUGUUUAAAGUUGGAGCGAGUUCGGAGCCGACGCUGUGGGAGUUUUGAACAAUUUUGAGAGAGAAAUUGGGAGAGAAUUUUGUGUGGGGGUCGUUAAUUUAUGAAAUUUAUUAAUUUAUUUAUAUAAGGAUUAUGAGAAGGCUGAAUUAUUGUGCUUUUUUCUAAGUUGAUAUAUUUAUAUAUAAGAAAUUUUGUACGAUUUUAUUACGAUUUUUAUAUUGGAUUUUUUUUGUGGUGCUUAGAAAUUGAGGGGAGAGUGGAGAGAGAAGUAAAAUGUUGUAGAUGAGGAA